GUGGCUGGACAAACUGGGCCUGGCAGCCACUCUGGGCCUGGACGUGGUGAUGAGGCAGGUGCUCAUUGGUUCUGGAAGCUACCACCUGGUCGACGACAACCUGGACCCACUUCCUGACUACUGGUUGUCUCUUCUCUACAAGAGACUCGUGGGACCGGAGGUUCUGAAGAUUGAGGCGGUUUCUGCUCUCGGCCGCAGCAAAAGAGUGAGAGUGUAUCUGCACUGCUCCAACACAAAGAGCUACAGCAGCGGAGCGCUCACGUUGAUGUCCAUGAACCUGAGUAAGAAACCAGCCCAGAUCUCGGCUCCUGCGCUCGUCUCCUCGGGCACAGUGGAGGCUUUUGUCCUGCAGGCCGACCGGCCGGGGGAGGAGGGGCUCUACUCCAGGUCUGUGAAACUGAACGGAGACGUGCUGGAGAUGGUGGACGAUAAAACUCUCCCCGACCUCAAGGGAGUACGUCUUCCUCCGGCUGAUCACCUGCAGCUUCCUGCGUACUCUCUGGCCUUCUUCGUCUUCACAGACGCUCGAGCCGCCGCCUGUCACGACCACGGACGCCUCCGAUGACGCCGUGGACACAGAGACGUCUGUAGACAGAGCUGAUCAUCUCUGGACUGAACAGACUUAAACUCAGGUGACGACUUUGAAACGAGGAACUACUUUCAAAACAAGUUUCUAAUAAAGUGUUUUUCUAAUUCUGUUCACAAAGUGGUGACGUGUUGUAAAUAAAGAUGGACAACGUGAC